AUGCUUGGCGGAAUGCGCGAUAUCCUCUAUUCGUACGCGGGUACGCCAGUACCGAUGAUGUGUAAGCUGUCUUACUCACGUACAAUACCCCACCUGGCAACCCUGGAAACACGCGUUGGGCUGCCGAGAAAGCUGACCAUUGGACGAAAUAACGGGCGUAGUGAUGCUAGAAAGUGGUGCUGUGUAAAUCAGAAGAAGUCGCUUCUGAGUAGUUGUGGUGUCGUGCAUCGUAGUGCAAUGGCUGAAAGACGGAAAUCAAGCGUGCCUAGCUUGAGUGUACAACGUGUGGACGAGGAUGAGGAAAGCAACGAUGUUUCUCCCCGGGCGCGAUUCUCGAUUGGGGAGGCGGCUGAGGACAAGCUAAAUCCCGAGAAAAUUUCUCGAGGUACUAGUCCUAACCUUACGGAAGAUACGAAUUCAGCCGCUGCCCGCCGAAGGCGUAUGAGGUUAAUCACUUUCGUCCGGGAAAAUUCAGCUGAUGAUCUAUUGCCCAAUGCGUUGCCUCGGGCCUGUUGCAAUGAAGGACAAGUAGACAAUUAUACAUCUGGGAAAAGCGUUUCGCCGAGCAUGUCUCAGGGCGUGAUGGGAACACGUGCUGCCCAGCGUGUGGGGAGUUCUAAGGAGUUUCUGGUAGCCACGCCAGAGGAAUUUGUGCAAAGGUUCGGUGGCAGGAAAGUUAUCAACAGGGUGCUCAUCGCCAACAAUGGCAUCGCGGCUGUGAAGUUCAUGCGGUCUGUGCGUCGAUGGGCCUACGAGAUGUUCAAAAAUGACAGAGCUGUUAAAUUUGUGGUCAUGGUUACUCCAGAGGAUCUCAAAGCGAAUGCUGAGUACAUCAAAAUGGCUGACCAGUAUGUUCCUGUUCCCGGUGGCACAAAUAACAACAACUAUGCGAAUGUUGAGUUGAUUGUUGAUCUGGCCAAACGCACGCACGCUCAGGGUGUCUGGGCUGGUUGGGGCCAUGCUUCAGAAAACCCCAAAUUGCCGGAUUUGCUUGCCAAGAAUGAUAUCGCCUUUCUCGGUCCCCCGGGAAAGGCAAUGUGGGCUCUCGGAGAUAAAAUCGCAUCUUCGAUUGUUGCUCAAACUGCUGACAUUCCUACUCUGUCUUGGUCUGGGGAUGGGUUGAGAGUCGACUGGGUCGACAAUGAAAAAGAUGGAUCUGGUCGAAAGAAGCUUCAAAAAAUCCCGGAUGAAAUGUACCAUAAAGCCUGCGUCCGAACAGUGGAAGAAGGGUUAAUUGCAGCUAAUCGCGUCGGAUUCCCGGUCAUGAUCAAGGCGAGCGAAGGCGGCGGAGGCAAAGGCAUCCGGAAAUCGCACAAUCCCGACGAUUUCCCCAACAUGUUCCGUCAAGUUGCGGCGGAAGUGCCGGGUUCUCCGAUUUUUAUUAUGCAACUCGCUGUGGGAGCGAGACAUCUUGAAGUUCAGAUUCUGGCUGAUAGCUACGGAAACGCGAUAUCAUUGUUUGGAAGGGAUUGCUCAAUUCAGAGACGGCAUCAAAAGAUCAUCGAAGAAGCUCCGUGUGUGAUUGCGAAACCGGAUGUUUUUGAAAAAAUGGAGAAGGCUGCAGUUCGUUUGGCGAAGAUGGUCGGUUACGUGAGUACGGGAACUGUGGAAUACCUGUAUCACGAGGACGGACAAUUUUAUUUCCUGGAAUUGAACCCGAGGUUGCAAGUUGAGCAUCCGUGCACAGAAAUGGUCGCGGAUGUAAAUCUUCCUGCCUGCCAAUUACAGGUGGCCAUGGGAAUCCCGUUGCAUCGCAUGAAAGACAUUCGUGUUUUGUACGGGGAAGGAGCGUGGUCGGAUACUCAUAUUCAGUUUGAAAAUCCUCCCAGAAAACCAGUUCCUUGGGGUCAUGUGAUCGCGGCUCGAAUCACGUCCGAGAACCCAGAAGAAGGAUUCAAGCCCAGUUCGGGAACAGUUCAAGAGCUCAACUUCCGAUCGAACAAGAAUGUUUGGGGUUACUUCAGUGUAGCCGCGAGCGGUGGGUUGCACGAGUUUGCCGAUUCUCAGUUCGGCCAUUGUUUCUCUUGGGGUGAAACCCGGGAUGAAGCCCGCGAGAAUCUCGUAGUUGCUCUCAAGGAACUUUCCAUUCGUGGCGACUUUCGCACAACUGUCGAAUAUCUUGUCACUUUGUUGGAAACGGAAGAUUUUCAACGGAAUCGAUUCGACACCAACUGGUUGGAUGCGCAAAUUGCGAGCAGGAUUAAUGCCGGAAGGCGUCCAGACAAAUUCCUGGCUGUCGUCUGCGCAUCGUUGCAUGUCAUCGAUCAAAGGAUCAUGCACGCCUUUUCUGCAUUUCAGGCAUCUCUGGAGCGCGGACAAGUGUUGCCACCGACUCAAGCGCUGAGUAAUUGCGCAGUUGCGGAAUUGGUUUUGGACGGAGUGAAGUAUACGGUUCAAGGGGCGAAAACAGGACCCAAUUGUUAUUUUCUUGCGCUGAAUGACUCGCACAAGGAAAUCGACGCGCAUCGGUUGAAUGACGGCGGGAUUUUGCUUUCGGUCGACGGAGCCUCGCAUACUACUUACAUGCGCGAGGAUGUGGAGCACUACAGGGUUGUCAUCGGGAAUCAAACCUGUGUUUUCGACAAGGAGAAAGACCCCACGAUUUUGCGGUCACCUUCGAAUGGAAAGCUGAUCGGGUAUUUGGUGGAUGACGGGAAUCAUGUGUUCGCCGGUCAAGCAUAUGCCGAAGUCGAAGUUAUGAAAAUGGUCAUGACCUUGACCGUGAGCGAAUCUGGUUGCUUGUGGUACACUAAACGUCCCGGGGCAGUGAUUGAAGUUGGAACUAUACUCGCCCGUCUUGACGUUGACGAUCCGACACGAGUCACUAAGGCACAACCCUUCACGGGGAAAUUCCCGCCGAGUCUUGGUCCUGGACCAGGACCGGCUGCGACGGAAAAGCUCAACGAGUCAUUCAAAACAGCGAAGCAUAGAUUGGAAAGCGUUUUAUCGGGAUACUGUCUCCCGCAUCCCUGGUUCACGCCGGUUCUGGAACGGAAUUUGGACAAGUUUUUGAAAUGUCUUCGGGAUCCGAAUCUCCCACUUUUGGAGCUGCAAGAAGUCGUUGCUACAGUUUCUGGUCGUAUUCCGCCUGCGGUCGAGUCCCGCAUAAGAAAGCACAUGGUUCAGUACGCUUCGAAUAUCACUUCCGUGCUUGCCCAGUUUCCGAGUCAGCAGAUAGCUGGGGUCAUCGAUGCGCAUGCGGCGACUUUACAAAGGCGACCCGACCGAGAUGUUUUCUUCAUGACAACUCAAGGGAUAUUACAACUUGUGCAACGAUAUCGGAGUGGAAUCCGUGGUAGACUGAAGGGCGCCAUUCAGGAUCUUUUGAAGCAGUAUCUGAACGUCGAGACUUUGUUUCAGCAUGGUCAUUACGAUCGAUGCGUGGAAGCGGUGAAGAAAAGGCACAAGGAAAACACAGCGGCAGUGGUUGAAGAUCUGUUUUCUCACUCGCAAGUGCAAAAGAAGAAUGUUCUGAUUGUCGGACUCAUUGAUGCACUUUGUGCAUCUGAUCCUGGACUGACCGAUGAGCUGGUUGCAAUUCUCAGUGAGCUCACCAGGUUGAAGCAGUCCGAGAACUCGAAAGUUGCCCUGAGAGCGAGACAAGUUUUGAUAGCUGCCCAUCAGCCGCCGUACGAAUUGCGCCACAACCAAAUGGAGUCGAUUUUCCUCUCAGCGAUCGACAUGUACGGAAACGAAUUUCAACCCGAUAAUUUGCAGAAGUUGAUAAUGUCGGAAACUUCGAUUUACGACGUUCUGCACGAUUUUUUCUAUCAUCGCAACGCGUUGGUUCGUGCUGCUGCUCUUGAAGUUUACGUGCGACGAGCAUAUACGUCGUACGACUUGAUGUUUCUUCACCACCUGGAGCUGCAGGAUUCUGAGCCUCUAUGCGUGGUGCGGUUCAGCUUUUUGCUGCCUUCUUCACAUCCCAACAGGAUGAUGUAUCUCAACAAUAGGGCUUCCACUCGCUUUUCAAAUACUGGUGCGGGCAGUCCAGCAAGUCCUAAGAUGACCUUGAGUGAUUUCGACGCAUCAGCCGUGCGUCGUAUGGGUCUCAUGGUGGCGUUUUCCAGCUUCGAGCAGCUGAAAGACAAGUUUGAAGAACUGAUGGAACACUUCCCUGACCCUGAGUCUCCCAUCGAGAUGUCACCUCCGCUCGGUUCGAGUUACGAAACUGGGGCCAGUAGGGCCUUCAGUAUCAGUUCUCCGGUUGAUCGCUGUCAGUCGGAGGUUUUCAACGUUAGCAUCGCUGGAGCAUCCGGAGAAGCCCCGGAACCAGUGCACGUUCUGAGCGUUGCCAUCCGAGUUGAAGACAGAGUUGGCCGAAAAGGAGUGAAAGAAGACAGGUUCGACUUGUCAACCCCAGCUGAUGACGACGAUGACGAAGCCCUUAGCGCAGCAUGUCUCGCAUUCUGCCGUGAACGCGAAUCUGACCUGACGAAAAAACUCGUUCGUCGUCUGACCUUCGUGAUUCUUCGCAAACAGGCUUUCCCGAAAUAUUUCACAUUCCGAGCGCGAGACAAAUUUGGCUCUGAAGAUCGCAUCUACCGACACUUGGAACCCGCAUUGGCAUUCCAGUUGGAAAUGGGAAGAAUGCGAACCUAUGAACUAGAGGCACGUCCAACGAGCGAUCAGAAGAUGCAUCUUUACCUAGGGAAAGCCAAGGUUGCCGCCGGGCAAUCGGUAACAGACUACCGGUUCUUCAUCCGCGCCAUAAUUCGUCAUUCCGACCUCGUCACGAAAGAAGCCUCAUUCGAAUACAUGAAGAACGAAGGCGAGAGAUUGUUGCUGGAAUCCAUGGACGAGUUGGAAGUCGCGUUCUCUCAUCCGUUAGCAUCUAGGACCGACUGCAAUCACAUCUUCCUCAACUUUGUUCCCACUGUCAUCAUGGAUCCCACUAAGAUCGAAGAAAGCGUUCGCUCAAUGGUCAUGCGGUACGGGAUGCGAUUAUGGAAGCUGAGAGUGCUUCAAGCCGAGUUGAAAAUCAAUAUCCGAGCAUCUCCGAAUUCCGAGAGGGUGCCGAUCAGGUUGUGCUUGGGGAACGAGUCUGGUUACUAUCUAGACGUUAGGUUGUACAAGGAAGUCCUGGAGCCGAGCACUGGAGUGAUCAAGUUUGUCAGCUUUGGGCCAACGCAUGGCCCGAUGCACGGGUUGCCGGUUUCCACGCCGUAUGUGACGAAGGAUUAUCUGCAAUCUAAGCGUUUCCAGGCUCAGAGUAAUGAAACGACUUAUGUUUACGAUUUUCCGGAAAUGUUCCGAGCUGCUCUGGAUAAACGUUGGCGGGAUUUUGCGAUUACUCGAUCUCAAGAUCCUGCUGUUCAACCCUUGAAUGUGCCAUCUUCGUCUGACAUGGUUGAAUAUGUAGAGCUGGUCUACGACGCGGAAGAAGGGAAGCUUGUUGAACAAAAAAGGCUUCCUGGGGAGAACGACAUCGGAAUGGUUGCAUGGAGGAUGACGUUGAGGACGCCGGAAUAUCCCGAUGGACGAAGUAUUGUCGUGAUUGCAAAUGAUCUGACCCAUCAGAUUGGAUCUUUCGGGCCUGAGGAAGAUAGGCUUUUCUUGGCAGCAUCACAACAUGCCAGGAAACUUGGGGUUCCUCGAAUCUACUUGGCAGCCAAUAGUGGUGCUAGGAUCGGUUUGGCUGAAGAAAUUAAAGGAUUGUUCAAAAUCGCGUGGGAAGAUCCUCAGGAACCGGACAAGGGCUUCAAGUACCUGUACUUGACUCCAGAGGACUUCAAAAACGUUUCCGCUAUGAAUUCUGUGAAGGCUGAGUUAAUAGAAGAGGAAGGAGAAUCUCGUUAUAAGAUCCUAGAUAUCAUCGGGAAGGAUGAAGGACUAGGUGUUGAAAACCUCAUGUGGAGCGGCACCAUUGCGGGAGAAAGCUCUCAGGCGUACAACGAUAUCGUAACAAUUUCGAUGGUAACCUGCCGUGCCAUCGGAAUCGGUGCAUAUCUAGUUCGUCUGGGUCAGCGAGUGAUACAAGUGGAUUCUUCCCACAUCAUCCUCACGGGCCAUGCCGCACUCAACAAGCUCCUCGGCCGGGAAGUCUACACGUCCAACAACCAACUCGGUGGUGUACAAAUCAUGUAUCACAAUGGCGUGUCUCACGCGACUGCUCGCGACGAUCUGGACGGAGUUAGCAAAAUCUUACUUUGGCUGUCUUACAUGCCCAAAAAGCGCGGAGCAGGGUUGCCGAUAAUGCCUACGCUUUUGGAUGACCCUGCGAGUAGGCCAGUGACCUUUAUGCCGACACGGGCUCCGUAUGAUCCGAGACAGAUGCUUACUGGAAGACAGUGUCCAGGGAAUGACAGUGUUUGGGAGUACGGGUUGCUGGAUAUUGGGUCCUGGGACGAGAUCAUGGCGGGUUGGGCAGGUACUGUAGUGACUGGGAGGGGAAGAUUGGGUGGCAUCCCUGUUGGUGUAGUGGCAGUGGAGACGAGAGCCGUGGAGGUGCAAUUGCCUGCGGAUCCAGCGAAUGCGGAUUCCGAGGCCAAGACGAUCUCGCAAGCAGGACAAGUUUGGUUUCCUGACAGUGCGUACAAAACUGCGCAAGCCAUCAAGGAUUUUGCCAGGGAAGAGCUGCCGUUGUUUAUAUUGGCGAACUGGCGAGGUUUCUCGGGUGGGAUGAAAGAUAUGUAUGACCAGGUCGUCAAAUUCGGUGCUUAUAUCGUGGAUGGAUUGCGUGAAUAUAGGAUGCCGAUUUUGGUCUACAUACCACCUUAUGCCGAGCUUCGAGGAGGAGCCUGGGUCUGUAUCGAUCCCACGAUCAACCCGUGCUAUAUGGAAAUGUAUGCGGAUCGUCUUUCGAGGUACAAUAUUUGCGAGCGUUCGAUGUCACGAUUAUUUUUUCACCUUCUAGAGCUAGAUUCGCUAGGCGGAGUCCUGGAGGCUGAAGGAAUAGUGGAAAUAAAGUUUAAAUGGAAGGAUCAAGUGAAAGCGAUGCAUCGUAUAGACCCAGAAAUGAAGGAAAUUGUGAAAAGCUUGCGUGAUCCAGGACUGACACCUGCUCAAAAGGGCGUGUUAGAAGCCAAGAAGGCUGAUCGAGAACGAAGUCUGGCAUCAGUCUUCCAUCAAGUUGCUGUUCAUUUUGCGGACUUGCACGACACGGCUGAACGCAUGCAAGAGAAGGGUGUGAUCCAGGACAUAGUGCCAUGGGUUCAAUCAAGGAAGAUUUUGCACGGUCGCUUGCACCGGCUACUGUUGGAGCAUAAGGCUUGCACACUGUUGCAUUCUGCUAGGCCAAAAUCCUCCUUUGCUGAACGGAAGGCGAUCUUGCGACGUUGGUUUAUGGAGGACAAGGGUUCGCUUCAGGUACGUUCAACUGUUGACGAAACAGUUCAACUGUUUGUCAUUGACGAGGAAAUCUGUGAAGACAUUUUUAAUUUAAUUUUUAAUAAUGUUCUGUUGUGCGGUUUUCAGGGUUAUUUGUGGGACGACAAUGAACUCGUCUCCAUGUGGCUAGAAACUCAAUUGUAUUUCGCACCAGGCAAAGAAUCGCUGCUGGCGGAAAAUAUUCGAUGCUUAGAACGUGAUCUUGCUCUGUCCCAAGUGCGCCAACUGCUACAAUCGUACCCCGACUUGGCAGUGGACAGCAUGGUCCAUGCCUUCCAACACAUGAACUCAAGCCAGAAGGCCGAUCUCUUGCGCGCACUCAACAAUCUCGGAAGGGAGGCUGCUGUGAAAAAGGAUGAAGAAGCUUCCCCGUCUUCUGCGGAUUCCUCUCCGGUCUCAGCGUCUGCGACAGUUCCUGUUGCCGAUCCCAGUGUUGAAGCUCAAUCAGCCCCGGAAAAUAGCCAAGUUUCCAAAUGAGGGCCUUCGUUGGACCGGAACUGUAGAAGAGGAAAGAAAAUGCUAUUGCGAAGUGCACGGGUAUUUUAGAAAACGGUUCUUGCCCAGUUCCUCAUCGAAUCUAUGUUGAAGAAUCUUUUGAUUUCAGGUUACUUUUUUCAAGGAUCGGUAAAAUUUUAACCUGUGGGGGUGGCACGAAUCCACAAGUUUGACUGAUGAUAGGGAGACGUCAGAAUUUUCUUUCCAUAUCCAAGUUUUAUCCCUCUUUUUUAAUGAAGUUCUCUUUUGAACUUUUGGAAAAGGAAUUUAUGUGGUUUUUUGAUUUUAGCUCUGAACAUUGCUGGGGGCUUCUGGAUGAAAAAGGUCGCAUGCACCAAAAUUUUUCGCGAGUGCAUUCAUUUUCGCGCUUUUUAGGGAUUCCAGCUCGAUGCUGUGGGUGUUCGCUUUUAAUAUGUGUGAAUAGCUUUCCGCGGUCUUCCGGGAGAAACGAUAUUUUCCGCUAAUAGUGCACAACAGAUUCCCUCCAAGAGUAUGGUACUGGGGCGCAAAGCGGCAUCUGAUUUCUAGUGUUACCUCACUGAAUUCUCAAAAUGCGAUGAAUUACAACUUCGAGAAUCUGUGAUCGACUCCUGUUAAUAAAUGGAUAUAUUUUUUGAUUCAAUAUUUGUUUGACGAAGCAGCGAGGGACGGGUGGUGGAUCUUGGAUCAUCGUUAUAGCCAUCUUUUCAGAUUAAAAGAAUAGGAUUACAAGUUGGGUUUAUUUUGUUCGUGAUUCUGUUGAAUUUCGGGAAGAGCUUGAGUGUUGAGAUUCGGAAUGGAUCGUCAUUAUCAAGCGUUCUGUGGAAAUAUACUCCAAAAUGCUUUAUCGGA